AUGUGGCGGUACUACUGGGGCUGCGCGGGGCUGCAGGGCUGGCUGGCCCCGGCGGCGCUGCCCUUCCCUCCGCCCUGCGCGGGCCAGCCGGCGGACCCGCGGGGCUGGUACCCCUACAGCCCCGCAGGGUACCAGCACCCCGGGGCCGCGCAGCCGGCCCCGCAGCAGACCGGGAACGCGGCUCAAGCAGGACGAGAGUAUGCCAUCCCUUCUCCUUUCCAGAGGUUUUUGGCAGAAACGGUGGACUUCUUCAUCUUGUUUUGCGUGAAGGCCACCAUUGUGCUGUGGAUCAUGCAUCUGAGUGGCAUGAAAGACAUUGCCAAGUUUAUAACCCACUUCAUUGUUGAGGAGAUCGAUGAGAACACGUCCAUGGAGGACCUGCAGAAGAUGAUGGCUGUGGCUCUGGUCUACAGGGUGCUGGUCUGCGUCUACGAGACUAUCUGCAUUUGGGGUGCCGGCGGUGCAACUCCAGGGAAGUUCCUGCUCGGUCUGCGGGUGGUGACGUGUGACACGUCCACUCUGGUCCGACCGAACCGCAUCCUGGUGGUCCCAGCAUCCAACGUCUCCCUCUCUGCCUCUGCAGUCCGGGCCCUGAACAAGAACUUCUCCAUCGCCUUCCUCUUCCCCGUCUUCAUCACGCUGCUGUUCUUCCAGCACAACAGGACUGUGUACGACAUCGUGGCGGGGACCAUAGUGGUCCAGCGCCGGGGGGGGAGGUAGCUCCGCCUCCGGGGACCGGCUCCGUCACACUUGGGUCGGGCAGAGCCACGUCAGAUCGGGGUCUGCUCCUCAUCACGUCUACUUGCACUGAAAACACUGGAGGAAAGUUGUACUGCACUUUACAAUAAAUACAGAUUUAGGCCCAAUUCAUGCAGCGAAACUAUAACAACAUCUAAAUGUUUGAUUCCUGUUCCAGCUGACGAGCUGUUGUUCCUCUGAAGUAUUUGGGAGUCUUGAUAUUUUUCAAGGUAAUCUGACAAGGUGCUAUCGUGGACUUUCCAGUGACUUCUCCUCACACGAUGUGACUUUUGAUAUUUUUUUGCGGCGACACUUUUAAAUGGUUUAUAUUUUUCAAAAGUUCUCUGGUUGAAAAAACUGAGUAUUUGGUAUGCUAUUGACAAUUUUCCUUUUACAUCGUGAAUGUAUUUAUGCUCAAACAUGGAGAACAAAAAGACGUGUCGGCACUCUUCACGUUCUUUGUACUUUUGAAGGAUUGUUUUGAAAAGCGACUAAAAGAUUUCACGAGAGGUUCAAAUAUUUGAAAUUUUUCAAUUCUUGUCUCAUGUGUAACUCGGGGCCACUGUAGCAAAAAUAAGUUACAUUUAUCUCCGUUAUUAUACAAUAUCUCUGCAGUUGUAGUUUUAUAAUCCCACAUCUUUAAUUUCCUCUGACAUGAUUCAGCCUCUGUUGUUCUGUCUUUAGCUCUGCUCACGUUAGUCGUACUCCAGCUCAACCAGGGUCAGAGAUCAGGGGGAGAAAUGAAAAAUGAAAUAGAUACAACAAUUUGCAAUGUUUUAGUAUCUCUCUUGAACAUAUUGAAAAGAGGUGGAGCUUUAUUUUAUUAAAAAAGAUGAGAGAAUGCAAAAGUGAAGUAGCUGUUAAAGCAUCUAUGAAUUUAUGCACCUUGAGGGGGAGGCUUUUGUAGCCUAAGGGCAAAAAAAAAAAAAAAUACUAGUGUAAUUAAAUCAGAUUAAAGGGAAAUUAAAUUUCCUAAAGACAUACUUGCAAAAGUGGGGGAUUGUGU